CAUUUCACAAAGAGGCUUUCUCGCUCGCCCUAUCUUCUUCAGUCCCAUACCCACUGCUUUUGAUCUGUCGUCCGCGAGAAGCUAGGGUUAGGGUUUUCUUUUUUUAUACGAAUCUUGUAUAAUUUGUUGAUAAUCUUUAAAGAUCGUAAAAAAUGAGUUCGACGGCUGCUGGGUCUACAAAGGGUGGCAGAGGUAAACCCAAGGCCUCCAAGUCUGUGUCGAGGUCGCACAAGGCGGGGCUUCAGUUCCCGGUCGGUCGGAUCGCUAGGUUUUUGAAGUCUGGAAAGUACGCCGAGCGUGUCGGUGCCGGAGCUCCCGUCUAUCUCUCUGCUGUUCUCGAGUACCUUGCUGCUGAGGUAUUGGAGCUUGCUGGAAAUGCUGCAAGAGAUAAUAAGAAGAAUCGUAUUGUUCCAAGGCACAUUCAGCUUGCGGUGAGGAACGAUGAGGAAUUGAGCAAGCUUUUGGGUUCGGUUACCAUCGCUAAUGGAGGAGUUCUACCUAAUAUUCAUCAGACCCUUCUACCGAAAAAGAUGGGAAAAGGGAAGGGAGACAUUGGAUCUGCUUCCCAGGAGUUUUAGUGUAGGGUAGUUUUGAGUUUUUUGGUGGACGGGGUUUGUUACUACAUGUAAUAUGAAUGGAUUUUCUUUUUCUUUUUUUCAUUUUUCUUCCUUGUAAUGUUUUGGCACAUGGGUUUUCUUUGCCAAUGAAAUGAAUCUAUUAGGAAUCUUUGAGCGUUUUGGUAAAUGGAUCAAUUUGAUUUUGUA